AUGUGUGCAACAGUGCUGAAGAUAUUUCCAAUUCUAGCCAUCCUUGCAGGCCACACCAGCGGGGUCAUGGUGACAGUCCCUGAGAAGACAGUGAAUGUCACUACAGGUGGAAAUGCAACUCUCCUCUGCACAUACACCAGUCCUGGAACCCUGGGAAAUUUCUUUAUUCAGUGGAGUUUUUACAGUGCCAAAGAGAGCCAGCUGCAUACCCAUUCCCCAUGCCAUGGUAUUCUGAGUAUGGAUGAAAAGUCAGUCAGUCUUUGUCAAAAGACGGUGUAUGUGACAGAUGCACGGGGAAGAUGUAGCUGGAGAUACAAGAUCUAUUAUUAUUCAGGGGGCCAGUCUUACUCCUAUGGAGCAUUUAAGAACAGGAUAACAGCUUCAACAAGUCCAGGGAAUGCAUCAAUAACAAUUUCCAACAUGCAGCCCUCAGACACUGGUUCCUACACCUGUGAAGUUUUCAGCCCUCAGGGUGAUGCUGGACAGAGUCAAAAAUCUGUGAUUGUCAAUGUGCUGGUCAAACCAUCAAAACCUUUCUGCAAAGUAGAAGGAACCCCUGAGAAAGGCCAUCUGAUCUACCUCCUAUGCAACUGUGAAGAGGGGUUGCCUCGCCCCACCUACCGCUGGUACAAGGUCGAUGAGAACACCCUCAAGCCUGUGAGAGAACAACUUGAUCCAAACUCUGGCAUCCUUUACAUUGGCAACCUCACCACCUUUGAAACUGGCUACUAUCGGUGCAUAGCCAGCAACCAGCUGGGGAACAGCACCUGUGAGCUGGACCUAACAGCAAAACAUUCAGAUGGUGGUAUUGUUGCUGGAGCACUGAUUGGAGCAAUUCUGGCAGCUGCUAUAAUCUGCAUUAUUGUCUGGGUCUUAACCAAGAAGGCAAAAAAUAGGAAGUCAGCAAAUAAUGAGAUGCAAGAAAUGGUUCAGAAACAAUCCAAUGCAGACUAUGUUCAGGUACCCAAUGAAGAAAACAUUCCUGUGACCACAGUUCCAUCGAGCAAUGCAACAAAUGAAUACCCAAGUGUUGAUGAAACAGCAGCUCCUGCAACACCUGAAAAUGAUGAGAAGCAAGAAGCAGAAAAAGAAGAAACAGCCUAGAGUUUAUAAUAGUUUUCUUUGUCACCUUUGGACCCCUUUGUACAAAAAUUGUUGUCAUUGAAUUAACAUGGAAACAUGACUAAAACUUGUAUUCAAGGCAUUUGUAUUGUGACCCACUGGGGUGGAUCAAAAAGAGUCUGUUACACAGGCACUUUGAAAAUACCAGAAGAUUUGGCCUUUAAAGUAAACCAAAUUUAUUUUAUUAUCUAGUUAUACAGUACAAAAAUUUACGUAUAAAAAGAAUAUCAUCAACGUCAACCUAUUUUGCAAAACGAAUUAGGAAAUAGGCUGAAGCAUUUGUUAAAGUAAGAGCUUUCCAGUGAACUCCCAGUAAUGCUGUGUGUGCACAGAGUUCAGAAGCACAGCAGCCUUGUCCAGAAACAGUGUUAGCCAGCCUGCUUCAUGUGCACCAAGUAAUCAUGGCCAGUACAUUGCAGUGUUUCAAGGAACUGAUUUUGCACAUCAGAAUUAAAAACAGGUUACAUUAUUGUCAUCAGAAUGCUGAAUCAUCUGUUAACAUCUUCACAGAUGUUGAGACUUGAGUCAAGAAAAUCUUGUGUGCCCGAAUUUCACGUAAGCUUAAAAAAAAAAAAAAUCCAGGAAAAUUUUACCCCAUUGCUGCCUGACAUGGAAAACAUUCUGUUAACAUUGACCUCCUUGGCCUAAAGCUCCCAAGGGUGCCAGUGUUACAGAGUUGUCCGUUUCAGCAAUUCUGAUUUUCAGUUUAAUGGAACUGGCAUUUGGGUACCCAGUUCAGACAGAAAUGACUGUUGUACACAACAGAAGCUGGAAAUCUAAAUCCUUUGCAAGGCUGUUCCAAUAGGCAUGCACAGCAUCACAUUCCUCAUGACACACAGAUAAAGCUGCUUUCAAAACUUAGGAGUGAUGCUGCCUUCUGUACAACACAUGAGUUUUAAUUGCUUCCUCUGUCUGAGAUGAUUUAAAUCUCUUUCCAGGCUAGUCCUACCCACUAAGCAACAAACUCAGGCUACUUUUCUUCUGGUCUCUUAUCCCAGUGUACCAAUCUAUCUUCUGUAGAUGAAAGCAUCAAGAGGGAAGUAAGUGGUGCACAGCACA